AUGGACUGUAGCGGUGGUGGUGGCGACGGCGCGACGGCGCGCCGCCAGGACAACGACGACGAGCUACUGCCAGAACCUGACUGGAUGAAGGAACAACGUCGUGUCGAGCUACUUAGUAAGGAGGAAAAGCUGCGCGAUAAAAAACUCAUUGCUGACACCAUCAGGAGAAAAGUUGAACUUGGCAUGGAGGCAUACGAGCAGGACUUGGAGGAACGUAGAGACCGACUGCGCGAACUCUUGCUGCGCGAGGAAACUCAACUCAUCCGUGAGCUUAUUCAAAAAGCACGAGAGGCCGAGGAGCAGCGCACCAACGAGUUGAUGGCCAGAAUUGCCGAGCUCGAAAAGGACAAAGAGUGCGACGAAAAGAUACUGCUGAGAGAGAAGCAGAUGCAAUUGUUUGAGCAAACUAGCCAGGCCAUUCGAGAGGCCAGGGCUAGGGCUUGGACGGAGGAUGCCAAGAAGGCUAAUUUGGCUCAGAUUGCUGAAGCUGAAGAACGCCGCAGGCGGGAUCGCGAGUACGAAGCAUUCUGGCACGAGCAGCUGCUGGAGCGUUGCGCCAGCGAGGAAACAGCCGAGGCGCGCACUGCCUCGAGGCGCGCCGAGUCGGAGCGUCGUCGAGUCGAGGUCCUGCGCCGACAAAUGGAAGCCAAACGGCCGCCCAUCAAAGAAGCAACGCAGCCCGACUACGGCACGGAUGGGGCGUCUAUUUUGCCGCGCGGCGCUGCGGAGGAUCAAGCGAAGACGAAGCAGCGUCGACUGCGAGAGGACCUCGAUCGCCAGCUGGCCGAGGAGAGGCAACGGGCCGAGGAGCUCCGCGCCCUCGAACGGAUGAACAGCAGCCACGACGACAAAGGGCUACCGAGAGAGGAGGAGCCCCGACGCCACGCCGACAAGGAAGCCAGACGCGCGGAAGUCUUGGCUUUCAUGCAGAGCAUGCGGGAAUUUCGGGAAGCGGUGGCGCGUCGCGAGUCAGAGGCCGACAAGUGCGUGCGUCGCUUGGCCGCUGACGCCGAGGCGAAACGGCGUGAAGAGCGGCUACGCAUCAAAGAAGAGAGAAUCCGCUCAGGUCGCGAGCUACGGCUCGCUUGGGACCGCCAACUCGAGGAGAAACGCCAGCAGCAGCAACACCAACAGCAGCUCGACCAAGAUAAUUGCGAGCCCCUCGAAAAAUUCCAGCAAGAGGUGAAGGAGAAGCGCGCACGUCGUCAUCGAGCAGCCAUAGAAUACGGUCGCGAAUUGCUGGCCCAGCAAAACUUGUGGCAAGAAAGUCGUGCCCGCGAGCAACGCGUAUUGGAUGAGUACUAUGAGCUGCAGAGGACCGAGCGUGAACGUGAGGAGCAAAGACUCGCGCGCGAAUUGGCUUUUGGCUCUAGACUCAGGAUUUCUGGAUUCCCUUAA